AUGGUCUAUUACUACCACCAUGAUAAAGACGAACAGCCCGGCCUCGAGCCUCUCCCCCAGGGCCUCGGGGGACUCGAGGUCGUCCCCCACGAGUACUUGAGAACCUCACAGCAGUACAUGGAAGCCCAAAUUUACUACGGCAAGGAGUACAUCUCCUCGCCCACCCACAGCACCGAGCCAGCCCCGAAGCCCUACUCGGAACACAACAAGUACACGCCGUUUGCCGGAAACGGCGCCGACACAGCACCCGAGCUCGCCUACCCCCCGCCCGAAGAGCCACAGCCGAGGAGCAGGAAGCGCCUAUGGCUCAUCUUGGCUGUUGUCGUGGCCGUGCUUGUUGUCGUCGGUGCUGUCGUGGGAGGCGUCCUCGGAACCAGGGCCUCUAGGGCAUCUUCGCCAAACCAGCUGGCCGAGCAACAAGGCCAGAGCCAGGGCCAGGGCCAGGGCCAGAGCCAGGGGCAGGGCCAGGAAGGGACUGGGGCCGUCAACCCAACAUCCACUUCUUCCACAUCUGGCGCCUCUACCCCCGGCACCUCGCCCGGAACGUCCACCGGCACCGUAACCGGCACGUCCACCGGUACUUCAAGCGGCAGCAAGUCGAGCGGCGGCACGCCGAGCGGUGGCACGCCGAGCGGUGGCACGUCAAGCGAUGACACCUCCAGCGACGGCACUUCAAGCAAUGGCAAGUCCAGCGGUGGCUCGUCGGGCAGUGGCUCGUCAAACGGCGGGACGUCGAGUGGUGGCGCGUCGGGUGGUGGCUCGUCGAGUGGCACAUCGAGCGGCACUUCGAGCGGCACGUCGGGCGGAACGUCGAGCGGCACAUCAGGUGGGACCUCGAGCGGCACAUCGAGCAGCACGUCGGCCGGUGCUUCGGCCGGCACGGCGACCGCAAAGCGAACUAUACGCCAAGGCUCUCCCUUGACCGUCACUGGCUUUCAGAAGGGAAAUGGCGCCCAGAUCACCAUGUUCUAUCAAGAUACGGACCAUAACGUCUACCAAUCCAUCUACGACAGUUCCAAGCCGGCCGUGGACAACUCGUAUUGGGCGUCUCCAGUCGGGUACAGCACAUUCUCGACAGACACCACCAGACUGGCCGUCACUCAGAUUAUCUACGGGUCUAGUUUCAAUCCUCAAACCGAGGUCUUCUACAUUGGCGAAGGCGCACAAGUGCUCGGCAUCAACAUGAACUCCAUCUACACUCCUCCAUUCGGCGACGAUAGCAUCGGGCAAGUCCAUCUCACCGCAGCCCCGGGCACCAGCAUCGCCGCGUACUGGCCUUGGCUCGUCUACCAGGACUCGAGGGGCAUGAUAAGGGAGGUUCGCGACCGCCUCCUCGGCGGCUUCUCGCCCGCCGCCGAGUGGGACAACAAGGAUUUGAAUAUCACGGGGCUGAGCGGCACGCGCCUAGCCCUAGUGCCUGUUUAUUCCAACUUCUCGCUCAUCGCAGUGCGGGGCGGCUACGGCAUCGUGUACCAGGGGCAGGACAACGGCUUGUACGCCGUGGUGCACGACCUUCCCAACGUGCCAGACGACCAGAUGGUCUUGUCGUGGAACAAAGAAUUUCCAAAGACCAUUAUCCCGAAGAACGCCGCUUUUACGGCCUUCUCCACGGCGCGCGCCUCGGAUCCACUCCAGCGCGUCAACACAUAUGUGCUCUACGUAGACGCCUCGUCCAACAUCAACGUCGUUUACGUCGACUCGGACUCGGGGUGGAAGACGUCCAAGCCGUCGGUGCUGCAGGGCGUCGACAAGGGCACGGACAUUGCCUGCAUCACCCUGGCAACGUCGCCCGUGAACGUGGCAGGAAACCCUAUCAACCUACAGCCGCCGUCCAACGAAUCCAGGUGCUAUUUCCAGCGCGGUGGCAACGUGAUCGAGGCGGUGACGGACGGCACCAACUGGAAAGUCACCGGAACCGUGCCGGUAUAA